UGUUGAGGGAGAGACGAGGUGAGGGCAUCCAUGGUGAGAGCUGGCAACACACUCACUAUGGUAAACAUCACCAGUUUCAAAACUUGAGUCGCUGCUGUAGGAGAGUGAUUGUCGAGUCCUCAUGGCUGAUACUAGCCUCAGAACCACAACUAAACAAGAGCUAGAUGGAACACUGGCUCGACUUGAAGCUAUCUGGGAUGAUAUCGGUCUCACAGAGGAGCAGCGUGAAGAUAGAAGACGUCAUUUUUAUGGCCAUGUUGCGAAUUUGUGUGAUAAAAUUAUUGAUGAUGAGACGGCACUUAAGACUAGAAUCACCAAGAAUAUUGAUCGGAACACUCGGGAGAUCGUGAAGCUCUAUGAAGAGUUGUGUGUUGAGCCAGAAGAGGCUGCAGAGGGCAUUACCUUGCUGGAUUUGGAUGCUUUGAUGCAGGAAAGAGUGGAGAAACUGCAACAAUUAAAAGAGGAGAGACAGGAGGAGCUAAGAAAUCUACAAGAGAAGGAUGAGGGCCUAUGUGAACUGUUGUGUGAGACUCCGUAUUAUAUUCCUGCGGAAUUAGUACCUUCCAAAGAAGAUUUGCAUGCUGUGGAGGAACAUGUCAAGGCUAUGGAAAAAGAAAAGGAAGAAAGAGAGAAAACUUUUCAAAAGCUGAAAGCAGGACUGCUCAACUUCCUGGAAGAGUUGGAGCAGUCUCCCGAGGACUCCUUUGUACAAGAAGUCAUUUGCUCUGACGAUGAAGACAUUCCUCUUGGAAAAGCUUACUUACAACAGCUCAGGACUGUCCAUAGUGACCUUGAAUUUCGGGUUAAUGAAAAUGAAGCAAAAUCACUUGAGCUACGAGAAAAAAUUUCAAAUCUGUGGAGUCUUUUGCAAGUUUCUCCUGAGGAACAGCAAGCUUUCCUGGCCACUGCUCCUCAGCACACUCCCUCCAACAUAUCUAAGCUUGGGCAAGAACUUGACAGACUACUACUGCUGCGCUUUCAGAACAUUUCUCUUUUCAUUGAGAAACUUCAAGAGGAGGCGACAGUGUGGUGGGACAAGUGUUAUGUUGAUGUGAGAGAGAGAGAAAGAAUCAAUGCCAUGUAUUCUGACUGUGAAGCUAAUGAAGAUGUUCUGUCUGCCUAUGAGCAAGAGGUUGAGAAAUGGAAGAAGUAUUACAACAAGAAUAGUGAACUGUUAGGAAUGGUGGCCAAUUUUCUGACUUUAUUUGAAAACAUGCUGGAAUUAGAAGAGAGAGCCAAGGAUCCAAGCCGGCUCUUCAACACGAGGGGAGGAGCGCUUCUACUAGAGGAGAAGGCUAAGAAGAAAGUAAAAGCAGAACUGCCACGUGUACAAGAACGUCUGAUAGAGAGCGUGUUGUCAUGGGAAGAACAAGAGGGCCAACCUUUUAUAAUUUAUGGCAUGCAGAUUACUCAGUACAUGGACGAACUCUGGGAGUCCCAUGAUGUGAAGAGACAGCUUGAAAAAAAUAAGAGGUUGCAGGCAAAGGCAGUUGAUGUGAAGCGUGGUACAGGUGUUGCUACUAACAUUAGGACUCCAGUAGCACUUCCAGCCUCGGCUAAGAAGCGUGGUCGGGAGGGUGAAGAGUCGGCAGGUGUCAAGAAAUCCAAACAUCUGGCAGUUAAUGGAGGGGUUAUGUUCAAGUCUCCGUCCAAGUCUGCGCUGCGAUCACCCAUGAAGACACCACGAGGAAAACCGCUGACUGAAUACAACGCUCUCUUGCCCUUACACCCAGUGACUUCAACUUCUAUAGAAGCUUCCCUACAAUCGACAAUUUCUUAUGAUAUAUUUGAAGCUGGCAUAGGUGAAAGACGUCGAGAAGAGGUCAUUCACUCGUCUAUUCUGGAAGAGGCGCCACGUUUUUCAAGAUGUUUUCAUACGGUAGAUAAACUACGGGAGAGGAGGUUGAGGGAGACACUUCACCUUGCCUCCCCAGCCAAGGGACGAGGUAGAGGAAAGUAUCUUGCCACUAGCCACGCCACUUUGGCCUCAAGGGGUUCACUGCGAAAAGUUGCAUCUCAGCCGUGCCUCUCUGCCAAAGCAAAUACAGCAUGUUUGCACUCGACAGACAAACCACUAAGAUUUUUUAGCAAUAAAGACCAUCCACUCAGAUUUCUGAUGUAAAUAACUUUUUAAUAUUCUAGAAAUAAAACCUUUAUCAGACUAGUAAAUGUGUCUGCAUGUAUUUGAGUGACAGUAUUGCCAGCUUAUGGCCAUACUUUUGUACCUGAGAUGACCUUUAUUACUGGUGUAAGCUGGGUCACAAGUGUGUUAGGCGAUACACUGCCAGGGUAGAGAAACGUUCCAUUUUAGUUUUAUAUGAUUGGAAGUUUCAGGCAGUGAACAAAUCUUAGGAUUUCAGGCAGUGUUAGUUAAUUGAUUAGACCAAGCACAAAGUGCUGACAAUGAUGUAGAGAAACACCAAGCUGGGAGUUUACUUUAUUGUUGGCAUUACCCUUGUGUGGGAUAAAGCCACAUUGUGACACCAAUCUUGGUGAAAGCCAUGAACACUUAUAACUGUCUUCAGAUAUCUAUGGUUCUUAUUUUUGGGGGGAAGGGUCCCCUCGGUAGCUGCCUAAUGCUACAAACUGACAAUAACCAAACCUUGGGGAACACACCAGGCCUUCAAACCUAUGGACACCUACCAGGACCAAAAACUGGCUCCCUUUAAGGGAAGACUAUGGAACCCUAAGAUUACCAUAGAAAAUGAGAAAAACCUCAAUAGAAAGUUCAACUACUUGGACAGUUUUGUAUCCCUGACAAAAAUAAUGCAAACCAUUGUUACUAUAGGGAAGUUCCCAGAGUAAAAUGCCAGACUGCCAAGAGAUAGCAGUCCAGGAGAUCCAGGACCUUGGCCAGCCAGCUGCCUCAGUCAUGUUUCUGGUACUGACUAGAGAUGCUCUGCAAUCUUGGACCAAUAGUCCACUUUUGGACGAGUGAUGUAGGCCACCCCUAAAAUGUUCGGUCUUUUGUGGAUAUUGCUUUCUCCCAUUUCUUUUUAUAGCAUUACAUAGGUCUAGUGCCACCCACUUGAGUGUGCCUUGUGUUUACAUUUUUUGGAGCCAUGAGGUAAGUUACCUGCCCUAAUGGGCAGUUUUUCUUUUUCCUUGCCCUAUCAGGGUUAGCUUCCUGGGGUCAUUUUCUUUGAGUUAGUGUUUGUUUGUCUCGCUUCCUGGUUAAGGUGUGGUUUUACCCACUCUUCCAGGGAAGGGGUUGUUUGUCCUGCUAGCUGAGCAAUUGUGUGGCUAUCACUUAGCACUUUGGCCAAAAAAUGUUUUGGGGCAUGUGUGUGUGUGUGUGUGACUGUUGUUAUUGUUCUUGGUUUAGAUUCAGUGGGCGACUAUGAAGUUGAGGUGGGGGGGGGGGGUUUGUGUCUGCCCAGCCUACCUGCUUGUCUGUGGACAGGUCAGAGGUUAGUUUCUUCUUUAGACUCUGUGCUUGGUGGGUGGGCAUUACUUUCCCCAUCUCUAGGGCUGUGGCAUUUAUGUACUUCUGUUGUGGUUGUCUUGUCCUUUUGAUUAAGGAUUAACUUUGUUCCUUUAAAGGCCAUUUUGGCUGACCUUCACAGAUUGUCCACUAGUCAGUCACUGGGCAGUGUGGCCUAUUGGUAAUACUGAGCUAUGCAAUUGUGGUUGAAUGGUCUUGGCUUGUCUCAUCUUCAUUAGUCUGUCCUUUUAUCUGAUUCCAUGGGUUAGCCUUGGCCAUCUUUUCUCAUUUCUUUGGGCAUUUAUUUUUUAGAUUAGCCAGCUUCUCUGAUGAGGUCCCAUUGUGAAAUAGCAUUGGGGCCCUCCAAGAAAUCCAGUAAUAAACGUAACAAAAUACUCUAUGAAUUGGCAAACUAUCUAAAUGGGGCAGGUGGGUGGGUGCCCGAGGUACCGGGUUAGCCGAGCUGCUAUCUAUUGGUGGGCAGGCACAUUACGGUGGGAAUUUCCCCAUGGUAACUAUUGUUUGCAUUAUUUUUGUCAGGAUUAUAAACUAUUUUAGUUGCUUGGUUAAGAGUGCAUUGGCUUUCUGGGGAGGUUUUCCUUGGUUUCUGUGGUAAUGUCCUAUAUCCAGGCUCUACCUUUGAGUGGGUUAGAUUGUGGUUUAGGUCACCAGUAGGCAUUAAGACGGUGUGUUCUUGAAAAUUUGGUUAUUGCUAGGUUGAAGUAGCUGGGAGCUACCUAGUGACCCACCAGAAAUAAGAAUUUCCUUGCAUUCAAUGCUGGAUUUAAGUAUUGGGAGACCUACAUUAUUACCAUAUAACAAGUACAAACUCUUGGUGGGGAAAGAGGCUGACUUACCACAGCCGAGCCUCUGACCAAACUACAGUGCUUUGCUGACUAAGCUGAAAGCUGUAAAAUAAAUUUUGGGCCUCCUAAUGAUUUAUUGAUAACUUUCAAGGUGCCAGGGUACUUAAGCAUAAUAUUUUCAAGGUGCCAUGAAGCACACUGCUCCUACCACAAUGGUAUACUGCACAUUCCAGAGGACAUCUUUAUUCUUGUAUAUCUGUUAACCAAGACUGUACUGCAUAAAUGAAUUUUCAUGGUUCAAAAUAAUUUUAGUUUACCUAAAAGGUUAAUGCUGGUUGAUAUUUGUAAUCAUUGUUUAUCUUAAUUUAUUAUUUACUUUGUUGCUCCAUUUAAAUGCAUAAAUAUACUUGUUUGAUAUAAGAUUUCGGGUACUUAUUUUAUUAAAUUUUGAUUUCCAACAAUGAAGGGUAACCGGUGUAUAGUUUGUAUGGUGAGGGUAAAGUAUUAGCCUAUUGAUUGCUUAACCUUUUAGUUUCAUGUAUAUAACUAGUUAUAAAUGGGGUUGUGGCUGCAGCAUUUCCUCAAACUUACAUUAUUAUGUAAUGUAUACUUCACUGAAAGGUGCAAAGAUACAAAAUAAUGUUCGGACAGUCACCGAUGAAUUAUUCAGUUUUUAGCUGUCAUGAUAGAACAGCUGACACUAAUCACAUUAUAAAAUAAAUAUAUAUACAUUUGUAAAGACCUUUAUUUCUUUUCCAUGUAAUGCAUUGAGAAACGGUGAUGUUAAGCAAAGUUCUGUUUGAGAGACGUUUAAAUGCAACGGAAGAAUUAUGAUCUGGUUGUCAAUUAAUUGUUCAAGUGUCUAAAUUAUUAAAGGAAUCAUGUUUUA